AUGGUGUGGAACAAUAUGAUCAUGGAAUCGUAUGACAACAACGCAGCACAGGAAGACUUGCAGCAACCUGGAAACAACACGGCAACAACUUCCAAGCAACAACUAUCUGCGCAGACGAUGGGAUCUGCUGAAGUUGAAACAUUUUUCCUAGAAAUAGGAACAGUGUCAUCAGAAUCAACCAUACAACAACCAGAAAACAACAGAGAAAAAACUACAGCAGUAGAUGAAGAUUUCGACUUCACCGACUAUGCAAAGCUUGUGGCUGCAGAAACGGUACAACAACUCGAAAACAACCAGGAAGAAGAAGAGGAAGUGGACAACACAGAAAUGAUUAUCAUCAAUGACAAACGACAUGAAACAAUAGAAAAAGGGCAAAUUUACAAGGACAAAGAAACAUUGAUAAGUACACUAUGCUACUUUGCAAUCAAGAAGACAUUUCAAUACAAAGUAGUGAAAUCUUGCACAAAAGAAUACAACAUAGUGUGUUUGGACACAAACUGCAAAUGGAGUUUAAAGGCUACAAAAAAUGGAAACACAGAAACAUUCAUAAUAAGGAGCUACGAAGAAGAACACACAUGUGCAGUUACAAUAAGAUUUGGAGAUCAACGACAAGCUACAUCAAAGUUGAUAGCAAAUUUUGUAAAACCAAAAUUCUUGAACCUGAAAACAAAGUUCAGCCCGGCAGACAUAAAGGCAGAAAUGAAAGACAAAUACGGAAUAAAGAUGAAUUACAUGAAAGCAUGGCGUAGUAAAGAGCGAGCACAAACCCAGCUACAUGGAAAUGCUAAAGAGUCGUACAAUCUCUUGCCAAGAUACCUGUACAUGCUACAGAAAACAAAUCCAGGAACAUUAAUUGACAUAGAGAAAGAGGAUGAUGACAGUUUCAAAUAUGCAUUUGUUGCAUUGAAUGCUGCUAUAAAAGGUUGGUCAAACUGCAAACCAAUCAUCGUUGUGGACGGUACAUUCCUAAAGGCCGCGUAUGGAGGCACGUUGCUCACUGCCAACACACAAGAUGCAGAAUCGAAAAUUUUUCCACUAGCAUUUGGAAUAGUUGAUUCUGAGAACGAUAAAUCGUGGGAGUGGUUCUUAAAAAAAAUAAAAGAAGCAUUCGGGGUUCGAGAAUAUCAAUGCCUAAUAUCAGACAGACAUGAAAGCAUCAUCAAAGCAACUAGGAAAGUGUUCCCUGAAAUAACACAUGGCUACUGCAUCUUCCACCUCUUGUCGAACCUCAAAACAAAAUUCAAAAAAAAUGCAAAGCAUUUCAGAGUGCCAUUCUUUGCAGCUGCAAAAGCUUACACAGAAAUGGAGUUUGAAUUCCAUAUGAGGGAGCUAGACAACUUGGAUAAGCGCAUAAGACCGUACCUGGAAAAAAUUGGCCAUGAAAAAUGGUCAAGGUAUCAUUCAGAAAACAACAGGUACUCUACCAUGACAUCAAACAUAGCUGAGGCACUGAACCCAACAAAUUUAGCAGCAAGGGAAACACCAGUCACAACAUUAAUGGAGUGCUUGAGGGCACAAAUGCAAGAGUGGACAUACAAUAAUAGAAAGGAGGCACAAAAAUGCACAACAAGGCUGACACCAUCAUCUGAGAAAAAACUCAUAGGGAACUAUGUACAGUCAUUGCGACUAACAGUGAAACCAGCAAACCAAAACCUGUUUGAGGUGAUAGAUGAAGACAGAACAAGAAUAGUAAACUUGAAGGAGAAGACGUGCACAUGCAAUAGAUUUCAAAAAGAUGAAAUGCCAUGUAACCAUGCAGUCGCCGUCAUGAAGGACUUGAACAUAAACACAUACAACUACUGUGCACAAUACUACACAUCAAAAGCAUGACUGCAAACAUAUGAAGAAACAGUAUACCCAGUUGGAAACGUAAGAGAAUGGGAACUUCCAGAAUUUUUUGAAGACAUCAUAGUGUUGCCUCCAAAGGAAAGAAUCAAGUCUGGAAGGCCGAGGAAAAGAAGAAUGGCAGCAGCUUGGGAAACAAAGAAACAAAACAAGUGUGGCAAGUGUGGACAAAAGGGACAUAACAAAAAGACCUGCAGAAGAAUUACAGCAUAGAAGUAGAAACAACUACACAUCAACCAAAAAAGAACUAUAUUAAAACAUUUAGAAAAACAUACUGCAUAUUACGAUUGGUUGUUACAUAUAUUUUUUAUUGUGAAUUUUUAUGUGGAGAGAUAUUGAUAAUAGAGAAUUGGUAUUAUUAUCAUUAAUAUACAAAGAACA